GUGACAGUCGUGUUUGUGCGACUUCCCAGGUCCUGUGGAGCCAGGCUUGUCCUGCACGUGACGUCAGCGCCCACCGACAGAGCUUGUUUUGGAGGAAGUGGACAGGGCUCGGCUAGCCGCUAGCUCGUUAGCUUGACGGGAGAAGCGAGCGUCAACGGGAGCAGGGCGACACAGACAGUUGUAACGAAUCGCCUCUGUUACACGAAGAGAAAUACGAGUCGGCGGUGGCAGUGUUGAUUGAGAUAAGCAGAGUUAGCUGCGAGGCUAGCUGUCAGAGAAAAUUCAGCUGUCGAUGCUCUAAACGUGUUGUUUUGUUAACGGCAGACAUUUAUAGCAGCUGUUAGCCUGUUAGCUAGCCUGCGCGUUAGCUAACGCUCCCAACCGAGGCAGAGGAAAAGUCCACUUUUGAGAUUUUCUUACCACAGGAUCUUCGCCCAGCUGUGGCACAAUGACGUCAAGGAAGAAAGUACUACUCAAAGUCAUCAUCCUUGGAGACUCUGGAGUUGGGAAGACCUCAUUGAUGAACCAGUAUGUGAAUAAGAAGUUCAGUAACCAGUACAAAGCCACAAUAGGUGCUGAUUUCCUGACAAAAGAAGUCAUGGUUGACGACAGACUUGUCACAAUGCAGAUUUGGGACACAGCAGGUCAGGAGAGGUUCCAGUCCUUAGGUGUUGCUUUCUAUCGCGGAGCAGACUGCUGUGUCCUGGUGUUUGACGUGACAGCACCCAACACCUUCAAGACUCUAGACAGCUGGAGGGACGAGUUCUUGAUCCAGGCCAGCCCUCGAGACCCUGAGAAUUUCCCAUUUGUAGUACUGGGCAACAAGAUCGACUUGGAGAACAGACAGGUAACAACCAAGCGAGCACAGGCUUGGUGUCAGAGCAAGAACAACAUCCCAUAUUUCGAAACCAGCGCCAAGGAGGCAAUCAAUGUGGAGCAGGCCUUCCAGACUAUUGCACGCAACGCUCUUAAACAGGAGACCGAAGUGGAGUUGUACAACGAGUUUCCUGAGCCGAUAAAGCUGGACAGGAACGAGCGAGCCAAGCCGUCAGCGGAGACCUGCAGCUGCUGAGGACUCUGACGAUCGUCAGGGGGGAGGAGGGGUGUUGUCACUGCCCUCACUACCCUGUCUUGCCUUGUCUGUAUAUCCCCUUUCCCAUGACCCACUGUGUUAAUCUCUAAUGCCCAACAUACAAGCAGCAUCCCACUCAUAGAGUAUACUACUACACACACAAACAUGCUGCACUCACCUCCUUAUAUACACAUAACACACAUUUUCUAUAAAAUACAUCUCCUAGCCCAAAGAACACCUUAAGGAAACAUUAUGGCAUUUACUUCUAUGAUGCUUCUUACUUCCCAGUGUUUCUCCACAUAUUUUUUCAUAGCGGUGGUGGUUUGGGCUAAUCUCAUUUUUAGUUCCAUGUAUAUUGCUGCUUUCACACCCAGUUUUGGUCUAACUACUUUUAUUUGGAUACUGUAAGUGGUCAAUUUGAAGCACUAUCUCUAUACGUUUG